UUUUUCGGUCAGGUUUCAGCGCCGGUCAGCUAGGCCAUGGUUCUGGGCUAGCCAUCUACCCAGCGAUGGUAGAUUUCACCCAUGCAUGGGUAAGUGAUCCCGGGAUUCCAGAAUCAUGCCACCCAGCGAUGGGAAGAUCUUCCCAUCGAUGGGGGGGGUUUCUUCUUCUACCCAGCCCACCAGCUCUCUGGGUUUUCAUCCCCAAGGCAGUGGGACCCAUCCCAUUGGUCGGGCCACUGGUUCACUGGGGUCCCUUGAACCGUCCCAUGUCCAAGUGGAUGGGUUUGGGCUCCACUGUAGCCAGAGUCUACCUGGCACUUUCCCCCCUCCUCUGGCUGUGGAGGGGAUGACGUCACUUCUCAGCUCCUUCCACCAACUGCUUAGUACUUCGCAGAAUCAGCGGCGAAGAGCAUCUUUGGACUGCCCCUUGGCCAGGAUGCUUCUCUCCAUAGAUUGGACAUUCAGCGGUCCUUCAAGGAGGCUGGAGAGCUUACCCGGUCCUCCAGCUUCCGGCGGGCCACAAUCCGUCCAGCGGUCCAGCCUAAUGCCAAUCCCGGAUAAUGCCUUUGGCGAUCUGCCUCACCCCUAUGCCCGGGAGGCCCAUCUCUUUACAGGGUAUACGGCCUGGGCCGGAGAAGACUUCCAAUGCAGUCUCUAUGAGAUGGAUCAGUUCCGGAAGGACCACCCGGAUGUGGUCGAGAGCCCGGCUUGGCCUUUCAUGUUGGAUGAGUAUACUCGCAUGUCCGAGUAUGUCACUACCUCUGCCACCCAGCGCAAUGCUCUUCGCCUCUUGGACCGCAAUGCUGCUUUGUCUCGGGAGUCAGGCGAUUUCUGAUCCCGGCAUUCUAUUUGUGUUGAGCGCCUGGAGUACGAUCGGGUCUUGUCCGAGAAUGAGCAGAUCUCUUCCGAGAACGAGCACCUUACAACCAAGAACAAGCAGUAUUUAGUGAGGUGGGCCAUGGACGUGGGGGAGAUGCAGAUGGUAAGGGAUGAUUUGACCCGGCAGUGCUUAGAGCGGAAAUGGUUGAUCCGAG